AUGCCUCGGAACCAGCGUAAGCAGGGAGGCAAGAAGAAGCCCGAUGAUACCAUGUCCUUUGAGAAGGACCCGCAGAAGUGGUUCCGACCAGAAGAUCAUAUGCCAGAACUCCCACCCUAUCUGGAUUGUCUGGACGUGUUCGGUGCCAGCCAAAGCAUGAAGAAGGUGUUCACCAAGCGUGGCUUCAAAUGUGAAUCAUUUGAUGUGGUCCUUGGUGGUGUGACCCAUGAUAUCACAACCCACCUCGGGUUCUUGGUCCUGCUGGGUUUGGGCCUCUCACUUCUUCCUGGAGCCUUGCUAGCACUGUCUCCACCAUGUUCGCUCUACAUUUUCCUUUCAUCUUCAGUUCAUGGACGUUCGAAGUUGCUUCCAUAUGGAAAUGUAUCCAACUGGAAAGUGCAGCUUUCCAACAGAAUCGUCUUGUCUCUGGUGAUCUUUCUGACCUUACUCAAGGAAUUUCGACUUUUCUCAGCGGUUCUGGAGCAACCGAAGGGAAGCAUGAUGUUCUACUACCCAGAGCUUCUUGCCUUUGCCAGGCGAUUUCACUGGCGCCAGAUUCUGACCUACAUGGGGUUGUUUGGUCAUCCGCUGGAGAAAGGUUCAUGGAUUUGGUCAGACUUACCCGGCAUCCAUUCCAUCGCCCGCAAGAUGGACAAAAAAAUGCGGGCCAAGUUGCGAGCAAAGCGAGCCAGAUUGAACAAGACCUACUAUGUGGUGGACAAGGAGAAGAAGACUGUACAGGGAACCAAAGAGUUGCAAAGCACAGCAAAAUGGACCUUUAAGUUCUGCAGUGCUCUUUUCGAUCUGUGGCAAACGUCCAAGAUGAACCGCCAAGUGGAAAACAUAGAUAUCCACUCCUCAGACUCUGAGGGCGAUGAUGCAUGA